AUGCCUAGGACAACCGGAAACAGAAUACGGGUACGCUCCCUCUUGGGGGGCGUAUCUGAAAAACGUAAGGAGGAACUGGGUAUACUACUGUGUGCCCAGUUAUGCAUCAAAUUCGCCGCACUAAUAGAAACAAAGGACUCAUACAUAGUCCUGUGCAUAGAAGAAAAAGAUGUGGACAACAUGCUUUCAGACGAAUCAACAAAGAAAUUAAAAGAGCAUGGUUUCGAAAUAGUAAUACCACCACAACUACGAGCCAAAAAAUCCAUAGUGAUCAAAAGGCCUCGUGCUCUCACCAGUGCCCCCCCUCAACUCAGCCUCUACUCUGACUUUGUCCAGCCUCGUGCUCCUACCAGUGCCCCCCCUCAACUCAGCCUCUACUCUCACGUUGUCCAGCCUCGUGCUCUCACCAGUGCCCCCCUUCAACUCAGCCUCUACUCCACGUUGUCCAGUCUCGUGUCCCCCUCCCUCAACCUCCAGCCUCUACCUCACGUGCUGUCCAGCCCUGCUGCCCCACCAGUGCCCCUCUCAACUCAGCCUCCCCACUCCUCACGUUGUCCAGCCUCGUGCUCCCACCCAGUGCCCCCUCAACCCAGCUUCUACUCACGUUGUCCAGCCCUGUGCUCCCACCAGUGCCCCCUCCUCAACUCAGCCCCCACUUCACGCUGUCCAGCCUCAGCUCCCCACCAGUGCCCCCUCUCAUCUCAGCCCCUACUCUCACGCUGUCCAGCCCUGUGCUCCCACCAGUGCCCCCCCCUCAACCUCAGCCUCUACUCCCGACAAGGUCCAGCCUCGUGCUCCCCCACCAGUGCCCCUCCUCAACCUCAGCCUCCCCACUGCUGUCCAGCCCUCGUGCUCCCACCAGUGCUCCCCCCAACCUGUAGCCUCCCACCUCACGCUGUCCAGCCUCGUGCCUCACCACAGUGCCCCCGUCAACUCAGCCUCUACUCUCACUUGUCCAGCCUCAGGCUCCCACCCAGUGCCCCCCUCAACCCAGCCUCUACUCCUCACGUUGUCCAGCCCUGUGCUCCCACCAGUGCCCCCCCCCCAACUCCAGCCUCACGCUGUCCAGCCUCAGGCUCCCCACCAGUGCCCCCCCCAGCCUGUAGCCCCCACUCCUCACGUUGUACAGCCUGUGCUCCUGCCUGUGCCCCCCCCCUCAACUCAGCCCCCACUCACGCUGUCCAGCAUCGUGCCCCUCACCAGUGCCCCUCUCAACUCAGCCUCUACUCCUCACGUUAUCCAGCCUCGUGCUCUCACCUCAUUGACCCACCCCUCAACUCCACAGCCUCCCCACUCACGUUGUCCAGUCUUUGCCCCACCCAGUGCCCCUCAGCUCAGCCCCCACUCCCACUGCCAGUGUUCCCCGUGCUCCCACCAGCCCCCCCCAACUCAGCCUCUACUCCUCGCGACACUCCAGCCUGUGCUCUCACCCAGUGCCCCCUCAACUCAGCCCCACCUUCACGUGCUAGUCCAGCCCCUGUGCUCCUCACCAUUGACCCACCCUCAACCCAGCCUCUACUCCACGUUGUCCAGCCCUCAUGCUACCACCAGUGUCUCCCCCUCAACUCAGCCCCCACUCCUCACGUUGUCCAGCCUGUGCUCCCACCAGUGCCUGCACUAACUCCAGCCCUACUCCUCACGUUGUCCAGCCCUCGUUCUCCCACCAGUGCCCCCUCAACUCUGCCAGCCUCCCCACUUUCACGUUGUCCAGCCUUGUUCUCCCACUGCAGCCCCCUCAUCCCUGGCCUCUACUCCCCACAAGAGUCUCAGCCUCACAGGCUCCCACAGUCCCCCCCCCCCCUCAACCCCACUGUCACGUUGUCAAGCCCUGCCUCCUGCCCCAGUGCCCCCCUCAACCAGUCUCCCCACCUCACUGCUUUCCAGCCUGUGCUCCCAAAUUCAGUGCCCCCUCAACCCAGCCCCCACCUCACUGCUGUCCAGCCCCGUGCUCCCACCAGUGCCCCCUCAACUCCAGCUCCCACUCACGCUGUCCAGCCUCGUGCUCCCACCAGUGCCCCACCUCAACUCAGCCUCUACUCUCACGUUGUCCAGCCUGUGCUCCCACCAGUGCCCCCUAACUCAGCCCUACUCUCACGUUGUCCAGCCUGUGCUCUUACCAGGCUCCCUACCGGACCUGAGGACUCCACACCCAGCUACCCAUACUCCACCGACAUGCAUGUACCUAAGGCUCAUCCGUCUACAUCAGGGGUACACAUGUACCCAACCGGCCAGCCU